AUGUCCAAUCAGCAGCAACGUGAUCACUCAAUUGAUCCGAGGGCUUCCUUGACAUCGGAGGUCGUGUCAGAGGUUGUACAGUACCCCGAUCCCCCCAAUCCCAGCUUCCCAUACCCACCAAUUCAACCACAUGCGUUUCAUUCAAACGCCCCACCUCCUAACCACUUCAACCACCAUAACAACUUCAAUCAACCUGUAUACUGGUAUCCGCCUCCACCACCACCAGGCCUGUCGUAUGCUACUGCGCCAAUGUUCCCCAACACCAGCAUUGCAGGCAGCUUUUCGAUGACUCCCUACAGUCAACAUCCUCACGUCUAUCCCCAAGCAACAGAAGGUGUGUCUUGUACACCUAUACCUCCAACACCCGCACCAUCUACAAAAAGUUCAGCAACCAACACCACCACCACUAGCAUUCCAACCGAUACCAUCAUUUCACCUGUGAGCACCCAGACCACAGCAGUCAAUCCAUCAGCUACCACCCCAGCAACUCACCUUCCAACCACUUAA